AAUCCUGCAACCAUUACCAGAAUACUUCUUAGUCACUUCAACUGGGACAAAGAGAAGCUCAUGGAGAGGUAUGUAUCUUCUCCUGUUAACAUUUUCUGUUUCAUUCUGCUUUAUCCAAGUUCAAAGAUGCUGGUAAUGUGUUUUGGCAGAGGUCUUUGUCAAAGCUUGAGUUUUGAUCUCACUUUUUCUCUCUCUCUCUCCCUCUCUCCCUUCCUCUCCUCUGUAACCAUCCGGUUCCUCCUCUGCAGGUAUUUUGAUGGCAACGUGGAUAAGCUGUUUUCAGAGUGCCACGUCAUCAACCCCAGUAAAACGUUGACGACGCGACCAAUGAGCACCAGAUCCUCUGCUCAGGACCUGCCAUGUCAGAUCUGCUAUCUAAACCACCCUAACUCAGUCAGUAUCAAUCUAAACCACCCUAACUCAGACAGUAUCAAUCUAAACCACCCUAACUCAGACAGUAUCAAUCUAAACCACCCUAACUCAGACAGUAUCAAUCUAAACCACCCUAACUCAGACAGUAUCAAUCUAAACCACCCUAACUCAGACAGUAUCAAUCUAAAACCACCCUAACUCAGACAGUAUCAAUCUAAACCACCCUAACUCAGACAGUAUCAAUCUAAACCACCCUAACUCAGACAGUAUCAAUCUAAACCACCCUAACUCAGACAGUAUCAAUCUAAACCACCCUAACUCACUCAGUCAUAUCAAUCUAAACCACCCUAACUCAGUCAUAUCAAUCUAAACCACCCUAACUCAGUCAUAUCAAUCUAAACCACCCUAACUCAGACAGUAUCAAUCUAAACCACCCUAACUCAGACAGUAUCAAUCUAAACCACCCUAACUCAGACAGUAUCAAUCUAAACCACCCUAACUCAGACAGUAUCAAUCUAAACCACCCUAACUCAGUCAGUAUCAAUCUAAACCACCCUAACUCAGACAGUAUCAAUCUAAACCACCCUAACUCAGACAGUAUCAAUCUAAACCACCCUAACUCAGUCAGUACUGUGAUCCUCUGUAGCUCAGCUGGUAGAGCACGGCGCUUGUAACGCCAAGGUAGUGGGUUCGAUCCCCGGGACCACCCAUACACAAAAAUGUAUGCACGCACGACUGUAAGUCGCUUUGGAUAAAAGCGUCUGCUAAAUGGCAUAUUAUUAUUAUUAUUAUUAUUAUUAUUAUUAUUAUUAUUAUAGUACUCUCAGAUGAAGAGGGUUUUUACAUUAUAAAGAUUUGUUGCUUCUGUUGAGAUUGUGGUAUGUAAAUUUUUUUUUUUAAGCACGUUUGUUAUCAGAUGUUUCAUUUAACUUUCUUGAGGACCAAGGCUCUCACCUGAUGCUUCAGUGUUACAUCUGUGAGUGUGUUCAGGAGUAGGGCUUGCUAGACCUGGACCAGCGGUUCGAAUCCCGCAUGGCACGUGAAUAGAUUGUGGUUGUUCAGUGUAAUCUGCAGUACUGAACAGUGUCCUGUUGUCCAUGACUCCACAGACAGUGGUACUGGUGCUCACCGACAGGACCUAGCAAGUUAUUGGGCUUCCUGUGCGAUGGUUCCAGACAAUUUAUCAAUACCACCGACAGGACCUAACAAGUUAUUGGGCUUCCUGUGCGAUGGUUCCAGACAAUUUAUCAAUACCACCGACAGGACCUAGCAAGUUAUUGGGCUUCCUGUGCGAUGGUUCCAGACAAUUUAUCAAUACCACCGACAGGACCUAACAAGUUAUCAAUCCCUAUAGGACAUCAUCAUCUAACACGUACGCACACAAAACACGUACGCACACAAAACACGUACGCACACAAAACACGUACGCACACAAAACACGUACGCACACAAAACACGUACGCACACAAAACACGUGCAUACAAAUUGUGUUGUUUAAGAUUAGUCUUGUGUUUCUCAGUUGGCAUUAGUAACAGCAAGGUUGUGGGUUCAAUUCCUUCAGGGAUCACUAUCUGUAGUAAUGUGUUGUGAUUGGGCCUACACUGCUCCGUGCAUUGCAACAGUAUAGAGUCUGGACCUUUUUAGGGAAGGUUUCUAAUGAUCUGCUUUCUCCACUUCCUAAUCACUAGAUUACUACAACUAGGCUGUAUUUGGACACAAAGCAUUAACGCUGAGGAACAGGAGGCGUUUGAAAAGCGACUGACAGGAGUUGGUCGAUCAGGGGCUCGCGUCUCGUGACAGUCCUGGGCUAGGUCGCGGCGUGUUCCACAGCGUCUAACCUGUUAUGCACUAGUCUGUGGGUAAACUGUGACCUGACUAACUGAUCUACAAAUAACAGUGACUACUGAGAGUUAUUUAUGAUCAAGGUGAUUUGUAGAUCUCUCUUGGUUGCGAAUCACCCUGCAAUGCUGGGCGGCUGCAAUGGAACAAACCCAUAAUGUCUGUAAGAAAAACAGGUGAGAACCAAACAGGUCCAUCAGUUUCUAGAACGGUCUUCUCAUCUCCUGAGAGUCAAGGCGUGUACUGUAGUCUGCAUCCCAAAUAGCACCCUAUUCCCUUCAUAGUGCACUACUUUUGACCAGGGCCCAGAGGGAAUAGGGUGACAUUUGGGAUGCAGAUGAAGCUGUGACAAACGACAACCUCUCUGGUUGGAGACCUGAGGCUCAGCUGUUUGGUGUGGUGGAAGGAUUGCCCUCUCUGGUUGGAGACCUGAGGCUCAGCUGUUUGGUGUGGUGGAAGGAUUGCCCUCUCUGGUUGGAGACCUGAGGCUCAGCUGUUUGGUGUGGUGGUGUCUAUAUCUAAAGGAAGGAUUGACCCUCUCUGGUUGGAGACCUGAGGCUCAGCUGUUUGGUGUGGUGGUGUCUAUAUCUAAAGGAAGGAUUGCCCUCUCUGGUUGGAGACCUGAGGCUCAGCUGUUUGGUGUGGUGGAAGGAUUGCCCUCUCUGGUUGGAGACCUGAGGCUCAGCUGUUGGUUGGUGUGUCUAUAUCUAAAGGAAGGAUGCCCUCUCUGGUUGUGAGACCUGGCUCAGCUUUUGGUGUGGUGGUGUCUAUAUCUAAAGGAAGGAUUGCCCUCUCUGUUGGAGACCUGAGCUCAGCUGUUUGGUGUGGUGGUGUCUAAAUCUAAAGGACGGUUUGCCCUCUCUGGUUGAGACCUGAGGCUCAGCUGUUUGGUGUGGUGGUGGUCUAUAUCUAAGGAAGGAUGCCCCUCUGGUUGGAGACCUGAGGCUCAGCUGUUUGGUGUGGUGGUGUCUAUAUCUAAAGGAAGGAUUGCCCUCUCUGGUUGGAGACCUGAGGCUCAGCUGUUUGGUGUGGUGGUGUCUAAAUCUAAAGGAAGGAUUGCCCUCUCUGGUUGGAGACCUGAGGCUCAGCUGUUUGGUGUGGUGGUGUCUAUAUCUAAAGGAAGGAUUGCCCUCUCUGGUUGGAGACCUGAGGCUCAGCUGUUUGGUGUGGUGGUGUCUAUAUCUAAAGGAAGGAUUGCCCUCUCUGGUUGGAGACCUGAGGCUCAGCGGUUUGGUGUGGUGGUGUCUAAAGGAAUGGGUUUCUGUUUUCCACAGUAUUUCACUGGCCUGGAGUGUGGACACAAGUUCUGCAUGCAGUGCUGGGGAGAUUACCUGACGACCAAAAUCAUGGAGGAGGGGAUGGGACAG